CUCGAGCCUGCUCUGUCUCAAGGAGAGCCAAACCAGAGCCAUGGCAGAAUCUGCAGUUUCUGCUGUGGUGGGAAGAAUUGGUAACCUGGUCGUCAGGGAGUCAUCGCUACUUUGUUCAGUCACCGGUGAAGUGGAGUUCUUGAAGGAGGAGCUAGAGAGGCUGCAGGGUUUUCUGGAAGACGCCGACAACAAGAUGAGGUCUGGCAACGCGAGCAUGGCUGUCUGCGUCAGGCAGCUCAGAGAUGCAUCAUAUGAAACGGAGAACAUUAUUGAAGCUGCAGUGUACGUGAAGUUGCGAAGCAGGCUGAAGAAGGGUUUUAUGGGUGCCAUCUCAAGGUAUGCUCGUUUGCCAAGAAAGUUUGUUGCCCUUCAUAAGGUUGAUGUUCAAAUUCGUCGUGUAAGGCGUAAAAUCAGUGCAAUUGAGAAUAGCAUGUUUAAUUUAAAUAUUGCCAACCUCAGCAUCGAUGCGUCAGAGGAUAUUGAGGAUAAUGCACUUAUCCCGCAGAAUUUUGUAGAUGAUGUUGUUGUUGGUUUUGAGGAUGAGUGCAAAGAAAUAGUGGAAAAGCUAGUUGACCAAAAGAAUGAAAAACUUAGUGCUGUCUCAUUGGUAGCCAUGGGUGGAGCAGGAAAGACUACACUCGCUAGAAAAGCGUACAAUUCACCUAGAGUAAAAGAAUACUUUAAUGAAUUUGCUUGGGUGACUGUAUCCCAAAAGUUCAAGGGCAUUGAUGUACUAAAUGAUAUUCUGAAACAAAUAACGGGGGCCAGUUAUGAAUCAAGCAAGGCAACUGAUCAAAUCCAGGAGAAUGAGAUCGGAAAGAAGAUCCAUGACUUUCUAUUACAAAGAAGAUACUUGUUGGUUCUUGAUGAUGUGUGGGAGGCAGACACUUGGGAGCAAAUAAAUAGAGCAGCUAAAGUCUUUCCAGAUACAAAUAAUGGCAGUAGAGUACUGUUAACCACACGGAAAAAAGAUGUUGCGCAUCAUAUUCAAACUUAUGUUUGUGAUCUAAAGCUCAUGGAUGAAGAGAAAUCUUGGGAGCUUUUUAAAAGCAAAGUUUUACCAUCAUACAGAACGUACAUGAUUUGUAAUCCUGACAAGUUUGAAGAAAUAGGGAGAAAACUUGCAAGGAAGUGUGCUGGCCUGCCACUUGCACUUGCAGUUCUUGGGGGGUAUCUAUCGAAGAAUCUAAAUCUAGAUGCAUGGUCAGAUUUGCUUUUGGGUUGGACAUCCAUAGAAGAAGUAGAGGUGGUGGGACACAUACUAGCUCGGAGUUAUAAUGACUUGUCAAAUAAGUGGCGCAAGUCAUGUUUCCUCUAUGUUGCUUCUUUCCCGGAGGAUUAUGAUAUAACUGUGGCAGAUCUGAUUGAAGUCUGGAUAGCUGAAUGCUUCAUUCCACAUACAGCAAGGCAUACAAUGGAAGAAACGGCACAGAGGUAUGUUACCGAUUUGGCUCAAAGGAACUUGGUGCAAUUUGACUUUGCAAUGGCAUCUGGUUAUAUGGCAAUCCAAACAAUAAGGAUUCAUGAUGUUCUACGUGAUUGGUGCAUAGAAGAAGCAAGAAGAGAUGGUUUUCUCCAUAUCAUUGACAAAACUACAGGCCAAGCUGGUGCAUCAUCUUCUGAUAGAGGAAGUAUCCUGUGCAACGAGCCAACUCGUGCACCCAGUACACCGAGCAAUUCUGGGCCAUUGGAUUGGAAAUAGACGGACUGGAUGUUAUCAUAACGUGACUGCGGGUAUAUUUACACAAUAGACCUUGUCAAGUUAUUGAAUUGCGCAAAAGUUCUACCGAAAUUCCACUCCUUCC